UUCAUGACACUCUGAGGGCAGUUCUGCAGCAGCACACAUCAAAGAGGGAAACCUGAGGAAUCCUCUGAAAUCUGGGAAGACAAAGAAACUCAGCGUCCCCAUUGAUCGGCUCACAAUGAAGCCGCUGUUCGUUGUUCUCGUUUCCACUGCUUGGACUUUAAUUGGAGCCCAGAAUUACUACCAAGGUCUGAUGGAUUAUCUGGAGAACAGAUUGUUGGCUAUUGAGGACCGCAUGCAGUUGUGGGACGUACAGUUUCAUCGGUACCAUACGGAGAUGCUGGAUUUCAAAAAGCUUACAGCUCAGGCUGUAGAGGGCUUGAGGAAUGACCACAAAAUGAUGUUCAAAGACCUGGAAGGAGCUUCAGCUCAAGUGGACCGGGUGGAGCGAGAGAUGGACUAUGUGGAGACCCAGACUUCUCCACGGGCCUGUGCAAACAAGGCAGACAAGGUGGUGGAGCAAGAGGCCUGGGGACUGCAGGAAAGAGAGGAAGAGGAGGAGGAAGACUGGGAGGAACUGCACUCCAAAGUCUCUGACUGUGUGGAAAUCAUCUCUGGCAUUAGAUCAGUGAAGAUCCUGAAGAGAGUGGGCAGCCCCAAAGGCUUGUGGACCAGAGACCCCAGGUCAUCCAGGGUCUACAUCUUUAAUGGCACAUCAGGAGACACUAUCUAUCAGUUCAACUCUGUUCGUGACUUUUCUCGCUCUAUGGGAGCCACAAGCAGCAAAAAUAUCAAGCUUCCCUCUGAGUGGAAUGGUCUUGGGAGUGCUGUGUAUAAUGGUUAUUUGUAUUACAUAAAGAAGGACACUGAUACUGAUGCACAAGUCGUCAAAUAUGAUCUGCUGAGUGGCUCAGUGUCAGAAACUGCCAUGUUCCCUGUAGAGAGCCACACUAGUCUUUACAACCUCAAUCCAGAGACAGUUGCAGACCUCGCAGCAGACAACCAGGGUCUGUGGCUUCUCUACGCCCCCAGUGACAGUGAACCAAAUAUCAGCCUUGCAAAGAUGGACCCUGCCACUCUCGAUAUAGAGCAAAUCUGGGACACUCGUUGCCCUCGGGAGAAUGCAGAGGCGGCUUUUGUAGUUUGCGGGACUGUCUAUGUUGUUUACAACACCCGUCUGGCCAGCCGCUCUCGAGUUCAGUGUGUGUUUGACGUCAAUGACAUGGUGAUCAACGAGGAAGCUCCUCUGCUCUACUUUCCCAGGAGGUAUGGAGCCCACGCUAGUCUGAAAUACAACCCUGAGGAGAAGCAGCUUUACGGCUGGGACGAUGGCUACCAAAUAAUUUACAGACUCACUAUGAAGAGGAAACUUUUGGCUUAACAGCAGAGGAGUGGAGUGGAUAGGAGCAGUGAAUCUGGAUUUCCUGUCAAUCUAUCCCAAAAACAUUUUCUUUAAAAGGGAUAAUAUAAUCAGCAGCAAUGUCACAAUACCAGAAAUGUGACAGUGAAACCACUAGAACUUUCAUAGUGAACAUACCUCCGCAUGGUACUACUGAGGGAUGGAAAUUUGAUAAUAAAGAAGUGGACUGAGAGAGCAUUAGCAAAAAUAGUUAGCAGUAAUAUAUUUAGCAUGAAACAGUCCUGUUUCAAGAGAAACAAGGUUGUGCUUUGCUGGUUAAUAAAACAAGCUAAAUUUUUUUGUGUAAAAUAAUAAACCUGACAUCUUUUCCUAAUAAAAAAGUCAUUUUGGGUAAAUAUGCUGCCAAUGUUAUCUAAGGUCACUUCUUCAGUUGAAUUUCCAGUAUCUUUAAAGUCUGAGUAAAGCAAAAAUAAAUCAAAUAAGGAAAAAAAUUAUGGAAUGGAUGUAUUUCUCACA